AACUGUCCGCUUGGAGAAGCCAGGCAGAAAGUUGAGAGUGUAUCCUGUCCAGCGGACGUCAGGCAAGAAGGUGAGAGUGGAAACCCAUCCAAUCCACAGACUCGAUAACACUCUGGAAGUCUUUCGUUGUGAUUUAUAAAAUAUUAAUGGGUUCUAUUUACUUAGAGGUUUAUAAUAAAUAACCCUUAUAAUAAUAAGGGUUAAUAACCCAAACUGUUACAAUAAUAAGCACAAUUAACCGUACUGUUUUCCUUAGACUCAACUCUUUACGACUCCCAUGGGAAAGCCCUUAAGAGCCUUGUACACGGCUGUUUUAUGACUGCUUAUGAAAUUGUAGGAGAAGGUAUAGAUGGCCGCCAGGGGGCGGUAUUACUACAUGUUUCUUCGCCCUGUCGCUCACCGGAGGCAAGGAGCCGCUGAGCAGAGAUGACCUUCAUCAGGCAGGCUGCUACCCAGCCUCCAGGGCGGAAGUCCCAAGCAUGGAGACACAGUCCCUGCCAAGAGCUCCCUGUGACGUGCAGAGAAGAGCGGCAGUUUGAACUGGGAUUUCUUAUCCCCAUUUACAGACAAGGAAUUGGACAGAGACUAGGAACUCACUCCCUGGAUACCAGUACACAUGCAGUGUUAUUCACGUCCCCACCUGUUUUCCUGAUGCGGUGGCAGAGCUCAGGGCCUGGUCUGGAGCUCAAGGAAAGGUUGGGAGCAGCUGCUGCAAAGCCACAGUGGAGAAUGGGGAGCCCAGAGAGAGGCUGUGGCCUGGCUGUGCAGCAUGAAGAGAGAAGCCCUGGAGCAAGGAACUCCCGCUUGCAGCCAGGGGCGGCUGCUGGAGCUUGUACACGCCCUCCCCUCACCCACUCACGGUGCCACUCCUGUUGGCAUGGUCAGGAAUCCUGCUGCUUCUCCAGGGUGUGCCUAGCCCUCAGCGCCCCCCUUCCUUCGAGGCCGGUGGCGAGUAUGGGGCCACCCCCAAUCCCUACCUCUGGCUCAAUGGGCCAGCCAUGACCCCAUCACCCUACCUGCCAGGCACCAAUGCCAGUCCCUUCCUGCCUCAGGCCUAUGGUAUGCAGAGACAGCUGCUGUCCAGCAUGUCUGGGCUGGGGGGCAGCGACCUGGGCUGGCUGCCCAUCCCCUCACAGGAGGAGCUGAUGAAGCUGGUGCGGCCUCCUUACUCCUACUCGGCUCUCAUUGCCAUGGCCAUCCAUGGGGCGCCGGACAAGCGCCUCACCCUCAGCCAGAUCUACCAGUAUGUGGCCGACAACUUCCCGUUCUACAACAAGAGCAAGGCGGGCUGGCAGAACUCCAUCCGCCACAACCUGUCGCUCAAUGAUUGUUUCAAGAAGGUGCCGCGAGAUGAGGAUGAUCCAGGCAAAGGGAAUUACUGGACGCUGGACCCCAACUGCGAGAAGAUGUUUGACAAUGGCAAUUUCCGCAGGAAGAGGAAGAGAAAAUCAGAUGUUUCUUCCGGCGCAGGCUCCAUGGCCUCAGAGAAGAAUGGGAGCAGUCUCCUAGCCGGCAGUCCCAAGACCUCAGAGCCACAGGACCUGCUGGACAGUGUCUCUACGGGCGCACCUGGCUCGCCAGAGAAGGGGCCAUCCCCGCCCCCCUCGAGCACCCCUUGCCUCAACAGCUUCCUCUCCACCAUGACGGCCUACGUCGGCAGUCCCAGCCCCGUGAGCCGCCCUGUGGCCACGCCAGGACUGAAUCUUGAGUCCAAUGAAAAGAUGGGGGUGCAGAACUCAUUGAGCUUCAACACCUAUACACCCCUCACCACCAACCCUGGGGGCGGGGGUGAGUGGGGCAACCCCGGACCCACCAAUGCCCUCGGCUAUGGAGGUGCCGUCCUCAACCAAUUCACCCCUCACUUCUACAACAGCAUUAACACCAGUGGUGUUCUCUACCCCCGGGAAGGCACCGAGGUCUAGAGGUAGGGCAGUCCCUCCACCCUACGGACAUUCCCCAGGGAGGGAGAAGAGCGGUCAAGAUCAUCCAGACUAGCUUCCUGACCAUUGCCCAGCCAAGAUGCCACCCAGCAUGCUCAGAGGAGCCCAUCAAUCUCUCUGGAAGGUUGUUUCAACCUACACUUAGCCACACACAGAAUCACUGGCUUUGUGGGGAAAUCCCGGUGCCGGGAUGCUGAGGGCAAUGGUGGCUGUGUGCUGAGGGCACCUGCAUGUUUAGUGCACAG